GUGCGCUGUAACCUGAUUACGUCACAGGUUAACCGACGCCAUUUGUUUUCAAUCUCUCACGUAAAGGCGUUUCUUUGCAUUUAAUUUUGUAAAUAGUUGUAAUUUAAGCAUUUAAUUGGUGUCAGUCAUGGGAGUCCAGGUCGAAACACUCUCACCCGGCGAUGGUCAGACCUUUCCCAAAACAGGUCAAACCGUCGUCGUUCAUUAUACGGGUACUCUACAAAAUGGAACGAAGUUUGACUCGUCUCGAGACAGAGGCGUGCCCUUUAAAUUCCGCAUCGGAAAGGGGGAAGUUAUUAAAGGCUGGGAUGAAGGCGUAGCACAAUUAAGUGUUGGCCAAAGGGCGAAGUUGACGUGUUCUCCAGACUACGCCUAUGGGUCACGUGGUCAUCCCGGAAUCAUCCCGCCAAAUUCUACAUUAAUCUUUGAUGUAGAACUCCUAAAGGUUGAAUAAAAAUCUCAUUGCAAUGCAGUCAGAUAGUCAAAAUUCAGAAGUAAAAGUUAAAGUUACAAUUUUUUUUUCUACUUAAUAACGUCUUGAGUAUCAGUUAGAUUAACAUCUCACUUCAUGCUACAACAUAGGAGCUGCUUGCUAAAUUUCUUUUUUGAAAUGUAUGUGUUGUGGUGUCCCAAUAAAAAAAGUUCAUGUCAGGAUACAA